GUAUUCGUGAAAUGUCACGUUGACUAUGACCUGGCCCGAGACAGCCUCAUCCCCUGCAAGGAAGCAGGCCUGCGCUUCAACGCCGGGGACUUGCUCCAGAUCGUAAACCAGGACGAUGCCAACUGGUGGCAGGCAUGUCAUGUUGAAGGGGGCAGUGCUGGGCUCAUCCCCAGCCAGCUGCUGGAGGAGAAGCGGAAAGCAUUUGUCAAGAGGGACCUGGAGCUGACACCAAACUCAGGGACCCUAUGCCGCAGCCUUUCAGGAAAGAAAAAGAAGCGAAUGAUGUAUUUGACCACCAAGAAUGCAGAGUUUGACCGUCAUGAGCUGCUCAUUUAUGAGGAGGUGACCCUCAUGGCCCCGUUCCGCCGGAAAACCCUGGUGCUGAUUGGGGCUCAGGGAGUGGGACCGCGCAGCCUGAAGAACAAGCUCAUCAUGUGGGAUCCAGAUCGCUAUGGCACCACGGUGCCCU